AUGGCUGAAUUCGACCCUUCCUUCCAGCGUAGCCUCUAUCUAUCGCCCGACCAGCAGGAUUUGCUCCUCGCUGCCCUCUCAUCCAAUAACCAGCCAACCAAACCUGGUCCUCAGCCCAAUCACCGCUCUGCAAACGGCUCAUCUGGAAACGAUAUCUUUGACUCACCUCCUCAGGAUAUUCCAGGCUCCGGUCAACUCAGCUUCAAUCCGGAUGACAGCCCAUUCCUUGGACUCGACCUAGAUGCUGAAUUCGAUGUCUCGGAUCAAGCCUUGAUUGGAGACCUCCCGGCCAUAGAAGGUGAACAGCAGAUCGCUGUUGAGCCUCGCGAAAAGAGAAAGAGUCUUGACGGCGGGGAAGGCGCAGAUACAGGGAAAAAGCGCAAAGAAAAUGAAGAAAAGGUUGCGAAGAAACCUGGGAGAAAGCCCUUAACUUCAGAACCAACAACCAAACGGAAAGCUCAAAACCGAGCUGCACAGCGAGCGUUCCGCGACCGCAAGGAGAAGCAUCUCAAGGAUCUCGAAACCAAGGUUGCUGACCUUGAACGCGCCUCUCAAACCGCAAAUCAAGAAAACACAUUACUCCGUGCACAUAUCCAGCGUCUCCAAGUCGAAUUGAAGGAAUACCGCAAACGGCUAUCAUGGAUCAGCAGUGGCAACAGCUUUUCCCCAACAACUAGCUUGCUAAAUCAAGCGAGAAGUCUGCACGCUCAGUCUCGCUUGAACAAUGAUUUUUCGUUUGAUUUUCCCAAGUUCGGCGACCUCCCUGGGGCUCAUAUGAACAAUAUGGGAUCGUUGGCGAAGGGAACCCCCAAUGCUCGCAGCCAGACACAUCCAGCCCUAGGAAUCAAAGCCACCAGCCAUAUUGGAGCUACUCCACAGUUCACGCCGUCAAACGGCAGUACAUUCAGACAAAAUGGCCAAUCUUCCAACGCAAAUAAAGGCCAUGAAGCUCCCGGCAGCACCUACAAUUCGCACAACUUUGAAACCUCCCCUGCUACAUUCUCCGAGUCGCCCUCGGCUUCGUCAGAGUCUCAGCACAUAUCAUCGAUAUGCACGUCCCCCGAGUCUAGCCUUACAUCGCCUACCAUCGCACAGAAGGGAGAUGCAUCCAACUCUGCACAGGCCAACGGCAACGGGAACACAAAAAAGAACAGUCCUUCACAGUGCGAGCUGAAAUUUUAUCAGCAGCUAGGCGAAGCAUGCGGUUGCGUUGAUAACCCCAUCCCCGCAGCCCUUGCAAAGAAGUCAAGCCAGGGGUCUACAAACCCCAAAAGCCCAGAAAAUGCAGCGAGCACCCUUUCUCCUGCAAACUCAACGCCAACUAUGAGUACCAGUACUGCGUCCGAAAAUACAAACAAUACCCAAACAGUAUCUGAUCCCAGAGGGAACGGUUCCGCAACAGCAUCCUCCAACGUGCUCUCUGACCCCUCCAUCCCUAGCUUUGACUGGCUCGCGCAGCAGAAUGGCGGCCACUUUGACCCAGUCCUGUUCGGCGAUUAUCGCGACCCACAGGACGCUGUUCUUUCCCAGGAUUUCAGCGGGUUCUUUGAUGAUGCUUUCCCUCUACCUGACCUAGGCGCAUUUGAUGCUGCCACCCCCGGCUCCACAACUAAGACACCUGGAAAGACUGAUGCCCCGGUCACCACGGUAGAUAUCGAUGAUGACGAAGAGGUGGUACCGGGCGAAGACAGAUCUCAGAUGCUUUCCUGCACUAAGAUAUGGUCAGUUCCUGCCGUCAAAUCGGUUGAUUCAAGCGAUAGUUCGUCUAACCUGGUUUCUAGGGAUCGUCUUCAACGACUGGAGAAAUUCCGCAACGGUGAAAUUGAUGUCGACAACCUUUGCACUCAACUCCGUACCAAAGCCCGUUGCUCCGAGGGUGGUGUGGUCAUUGACCAAAAGGACGUCGACGAUAUCGUUACCAGAGCGAUUUGA